AGGGGGGCGCCGCGGCGCCUCCCCGCCGCGCGGCGGCCCGUGAGGCCGUCCGGGGGGGGGGGCCAUGUGCUGCCCCGGCAGGGGCGCGGCAGCGGGCCUGCGGCUGGAGCUGCGGGAGCGCGACGCCGAGCUCCGGCAGCGCGCCGAGGAGCUGCGGCGCCGGGAGGAGCAGUGCGCGAGGAGCUGGAGGCCGCAGGCGCCGCCGAGGAGGCGGCGGCGCGGCGCGCCGCUGUGGACCGCGAGGAAGCGCGCGCGCACGAGGCGGGCCAGCUGCACGCCGAGCGCCUCGCCCGAGCGGCCGCCACGAGGGAACUGGCGGAGUCCAGAUGCACGGCAGCGCCGAGCAGCGGCUCGAACGAGCGCUCGUCCUGGAGGGGGAGCGUACCGUCGAGCUGCGCGCCCUGGAAGCCCGCGCCCUGGAGGCCCACGCAGUGGACCGGGAGAGAGCCGGCAGGAGAGCCGGGCCUUGAGGGACUCCGGGCGGCGGCUGCGCGGAGAGGCCGAGGAGCAGGCGGCGCUGCUCAACGCGUGCAGGCAGGAGAGCGAGGCCGCCUCCCGGCUCGAGGCGCAGGAGGCCCGCCUGCUCCUCGCGAGCCUGCGCCAGGACCGCGAGGCCGACGAGGCGCGCCGCUCGGCGGCAGAGGCCCGCAGCCGCCAGAGGCCCCGGCGCCCCAGCGAGGGGCUCGCUCGCCGCCCCUCGAUGCCGCGGCCGGUGCGAGCAGCUGCAGGAGGAGCUGGAGGGCAUGGCCGAGGAGAGCUCCGGGCCGAGCGGCGGGAGGUCCGGUGCGAGCGGCAGGCCGCGGAGGUGCGGGAGCAGGCCGGGCACCGUGGAGGCGGAGGGGCGCCCCGCCCGAGAGGACUGAGGCGGAGGCGGCGGCACGGGAUCGCCUGCGCGUGGCGGCGGAGUGCCAAACGUCCCCGCCGCCGGCCGAGGCUCCUCCUCAGCCCCGCUGCGAAGAAGCUCCCCACCGAGCUCCGCGCGGCCCGGACCACGACUGCGAGCGCCUCCAGCCGCACCCGAGGGACUGAUUGGAAGUUCGCGGCCGCCUCGAGCAGCAUUCAGGGCCUGAGGUGCCUGCUGCGGGACGCGCAGGACGCGAGCUGCGGGACCAGCGCCGCUCCUGCCUCCGCCUGCGCGGCGGCCUGGCCCUCUGCUCCUCGCACCCCGGCGGCCCGCUGGGGCCGCCGGCCAAGGGCGGCGUGGCGCUCGACCGGUCCGCGGAGCUGGCGACAGCGAGCACCACGCUCGACCUCGAGGAGACGUGUCCUUCGCCACGGCCGGCGGCUCGUCGCUGCUGAGCUGCGGCGCGGGCCGGGGGGUGGUGCUGGCCGAGCCGGUUGCCGACGACGGGAGGUAUCUCCGGAGGCAGCGCAUCCUGGACGAGGUGGCGGAGGACCUCCGCGCGGGCCCCGGGAGGCUGGCCGCGACGCGCGCCUGAGGCGCGACUGCGCGCGGCCGGGGCGCCUCCCCCUCGGAGGUAAUUCGGAGGGUGUCGUCACGCCACGAACCUGUCGUGUGUCUCUGGUUUGGCUCAUCUGCGCAGACCCCCCUGACGCGGCGCCCGCUCUCGCGAGGGGAGGACGCCCAACCGUGGCGCUCUCGCGGAAGAAGGAGCUUUGCGCCCAGCCGCCUCGCGAGGCGGCGGAGGCCGCCGUCAGGGGCCCCUGAGUCAAGCUGUGGCUGGGCCCC